AUGAUUGGAAGAUAUAGUAGUGCGUUUGCAGGAUAUUCUCAGCAAGAUUCACAAGAGUUUGUAGCAUUCUUAUUGGAUGGACUUCAUGAAGAUCUCAACAGAAUAAAACAGAAGCCUGCUACUGAGAAACCCGAGCUACCUGAAGACAAGGUCAAUGACCCUGAUGCUAUUGCUGCUCUAGCAGACGAGUGUUGGGAACUCCAUAAAAAGAGAAAUGACUCGGUUGUACUGGAUUUAUUUGCUGGUCUUUAUAGGUCGGUUUUGGUAUGUCCGGACUGUCAGAAGGUAAGCGUGACAUUUGAUCCCUUUAUGGAUUUAACACUUCCAUUACCAAGUGAUAAUCUGUGGAUUAAAGUGAUUACCGUUAUGCCAUUACAAGGAAGGCCAAUCUUGUAUGAAGUCGCAAUGGAUGCUUAUUCCACCAUUCGCCAAUUAAAAGAAUAUAUCGUGAAACGACUAGAUAUGACAAAAAAUGGCGGUGCUGAUAGAUUACUGUGUGCUGAGGUUUACAGCCAGCGGAUCAUAACGGAACACGAAGACAGGGACGUUGUCUCAUUAAAAAUCCAACCAAAUGACGCUAUCGUAAUGUAUGAGCUGGACAGGGCAUUUAAAGGAGAAGAAGAGGGAGAUCCUUUUGCUGUCAGAGUAUACAACAGAACGACUCGGAGUGUAAAAGCAGAUGCGCGUAAGCCACCCGGCACAUCGGACUUUGGAACAUACUUUGGCCUUCCAUUUUAUAUUACUUUGACCAGUGAAGAGGCUAAAGAUGAAGAUGUGAUUAGAGCUAAGCUGUCAGAUCGAUAUAUGCAACUGAGAGGUUCGACGAACGACGAUGAAGCUGAACUAUCUGAGGAUGAGGGGUCUGAUAUUGAUAUAACCGAAGACCAAGAACCCGGUUCUACGGAUGUUGACGGUGAUACGAACAUUGUUGAUGCCGAAGAUGAUGGUGAAGCGAGUUCGGUGAAUGAUGAAGUCGCUGCCGAAGCCCAAGAAGACACGCAUGAAGAUAGCACUAUGAAUGAUGACAUGACAGAUAGCAAAGUUGUUGAAACCGAGAAUAUCGAUGAAGUUAGCUCUUUGAUUAAUGGCAUUACAGAUAGUGAUAUCGUGCCGGUGGAUGCAACGGUGAGUGCAGAUACUCGAGAAGUAUCUAAACCGUUGUCCACGAAGCUAGAGGACUCUUUUACUAUUAGCUUUAUUGAGUUUUCGCCUAGAGUUUAUUCACUUUCAAGCCAGAAAAGCACUAAACCCCUAGCAUCACGAAAACCACAAUCCAAACUCUUAGAUACCCCCGGUGCGAGUUCCGUAGUAUCUGGUUUGGCUAGCAGUUCGUCAAGUGACAAGGCUUCAAGUCGAGGAUCAGACAGCUCAGAAAGCAGUGGCUUGGACUUGGAUUUGAUGCCAUUAACUGGUGGCCUGGACGAUGAGAUUAUUCCCAGCUAUUCGCAAGCUAUAUCUACGCCUGCUUAUACAGGCACCCCCUUUGGCACAAUGAAAGAUCAAACAAAAGCCUUUUCCACCGUCGGUGAUAAGCCAGGUGAUGGUGAAACUCCUGUUAACGUCAGUGAUAAUCUUAGUGAUGUGCCGGCCGAAGCACCGCAACUUCUGUUUGCGAAUGAGAUUCUUGUGUGUGAUUGGAAGGAGAAUCUCAUUGAUGACUGGACCCCUGAAACAGUGCCGAACCCUGAGGCAGAGGAGCUGCGUAUAGCCAAAGAGACGCAGAAAAAGACUGUUAUCGAGCUUAGUGACUGCCUUGAUUUGUUCUCCAAAACAGAGGUUCUUGGUCAGGACGAUUUGUGGUAUUGUUCCAGAUGUCAAAAACUUCGACAGGCGACCAAGACCAUUGAUUUGUGGAAGAUUCCGGACAUUUUCACAAUCCACUUGAAGCGAUUCUCCAGCUUCCGUAGUUUUCGUGACAAGAUCUCGUCUGUUGUUAACUUCCCCAUAGAGGGCCUGGACAUGUCAGACCGGGUAGCUGAUAAAAAGAGCUACCAAGAAGGAGACUUGAUAUAUGAUUUGAUUGCUGUGGACAAUCACUAUGGGGGAUUAGGAGGUGGUCAUUAUACAGCCUAUGCUAAGAACUUUGUUGAUAAUAAGUGGUACUAUUACGACGAUGCGAACGUUCGUCCCACUGAACCCGAGGCAAGUAUUACAGGAGCCGCAUACCUUUUAUUUUAUCGCCGGCGAAGUAGCGAGCCCCUUGGAGGUGAUGCUAUGAAGUCACUCGUGGAAGAGGCGCGGAAAAUUGUCCGAGAUCCUCCUCCAGAGUCAGAAUCACAGUACGGGGGGAGGAGUCGCAGUUCUAGUCGUCGUCUUAAUCCUGUUGGCCCUCCUCGUGUACUGACCAGAAGCGCCGACAGGUUCCAAGGAACAGGACGAGUUCUCGGCUCCUCCGAAUAUGUCACAGAUCCGGCCAGGGACGCGGUCGUAGACCCAUUGUCCUCAUCCAUCCGCCACCGCAAUAUGAUGGGGGUUUCUCUAUCCGUGGAAGACGUUGACGAUGACACUUCAGACCUCAUCCGGGACUUGUGA